CUUUGUAACGCAAAGGGUCGGUUUUAUUAAGGGCACAUUAAUGUACAAUCAAAUGCACCUCAUAAAGUUUUUAUUGAUGGACAUAAAAACAUUACGACUUUCUUCUCAAUAAAUACAACCGUAUACAAAUAUUACUUCCUGUGUCAAACUUAGAAGCCCCCCCUUAACAAAUAUAAGUCUUCGAGAGAUAAAAAGAAACACAGACACCGUUUAUAAAAUAUGAAACGCGCAAGAAAACGCACUUGGUUAUUUUACAGCAUGUUAUUGCUUUUAUUUUACGAGGACUUACAACUCAGUACUCUAUAAAAAACUACUUUACAAGCCCAGAGUACAUGACAUAUCAUGACAAGUUCUUGUAAGAUUUUACACUCAGUUGGGAUAAUUUACCAUAUUGACACUGUUGUGAGCGGAUAGUGAAAUGAAUGAAAGAAUUUAUACAGAUAUGUUUAAAAAAAGUCCGAAGUUGCGACCUGUGCGUUGCGCAUUAAAACACACGUUUUCAGAACAAAAGUAUAAGAGUAUAAUCACAAUCAUGCUCUUUAAAAAAUACUACACUUUAUGAUUAUGCUAGUGAAAAAGCCAAAAUCAAACAUACCGUUAUCAGCGGAUUGAUUUACUCGCUGUAUUGGUAAAUAUGAUCACGUGAUUCAUGUAACCAAUCACUGAAGAUGAAGCCAGCAAAAAUACUAUGAUUGUUCUGAGGCAAGGGUUCCGUAACAGUGUAACCUUUUAUAUGACUACGAAGGCAUCCUAAAAUGUCGACUAGUUCAACUCUUAGCAAUUAUUAUGUGGAUUCUAUUAUGGGACACGAGGCAGAGGACGCGUAUGGAACGCGUUACGUCCAGAACUCCCACUCUGUUUCGUCCAGGCCGUCAGGUGUUGGGGAGAAUGCUGAUUUUUCCUCCUGCAGUUUUGCUCCCAAGACAGCGGUGUUCCCCACGUCCUGGUCCUCGGUCCACCCGCCGUCCACGGCCGCAGUCUCCGGCAUUUAUCACCCCUACGUCCACCAGUCGCACAUCGCUUGUACAGACAACAGAUACGUACGCUCCUGGGUAGAUCCAAUCCCCAACCAUGUCUCGUUUUCCGGUUUUCACGCGAGCAGCCGACCGUGCGGGACAAAGGCUGAAAGUUUGCCAUCGAAAAGAGCCGAGAGCUCGAUGUUUGAGGCAGAGGUUCCAGGAGCCUCCGACUACAGAAGCGGCACUGCGUCAGAGAGCGCGGAAAAGGUCAUCAAAGAAACAGCUGGCAAUGAAAUUGCGAGUCAGAACGAGCCCAAAGACGAAAAACAACAACUUGACCCAAGCAACCCAGCAGCAAAUUGGAUCCAUGCACGUUCGACGAGAAAGAAGCGCUGUCCUUAUACAAAAUAUCAGACUCUGGAACUAGAGAAGGAAUUUCUUUAUAACAUGUAUUUGACAAGAGAUCGCCGCUAUGAAGUGGCACGAAUUCUAAAUUUGACCGAAAGGCAGGUUAAAAUCUGGUUCCAGAACAGAAGAAUGAAAAUGAAGAAGAUGAACAGGGAGAGGGGGAGUAAGGACCCUCAGUGAACAAACAGUAUGUGCGAACUGCUCGCCACAAAAUAACUGUCCUCUCUAUUAAUGUAUAUGUUUAAAUCCAUGUGAGGAGUCUGUUUUGCAAAUAUUUGGCUCAUAGAAGUACUUUUAACAUAUCUUAUCCUGUAGGUGUCGCUUUUAAUGAGUCUUAACACAAUUUGUGUUCUUAAAACAGUUGAUUAUGAUAUUUUUAGGUUUUUAUUCCUUUAACUACUGUAUACUUUAACUAUCGCAAUAAUAAUCAUGUUUAUUAUUGUUUUUUUAGACUUUUGAAAGAAAUAUAAUUAUACAUCAGUGUUUAGGAUAUGAAAGAAGAAAUAGCAGUGCCUGUUCUUGGAUUUGGAAAGCUUGAGUACAGCACACGGUCAUUCGCUGUAUACACAGUCAUGUAGUGUAAAUUAAGACUAAGCUACUUUGGGCCUUGCUUUAACAUUAUGUACAAUUUAUAGACUUAUCACCUUGCUGUAAAAUGUAUUUAGUCUGGAAAGUCAUUGAGUUUUUAAAAUAAUAGUCUAAGGGUCCUCUGUUCUCAGCAUCGAAUUGUGGUCUUUGUUUUCCGCUGUGAUAUAAAAAAACCGUUUUCUGUAACAAUAUACUUUACGAUUAUAAAUAUGGACUACCAUAAAAGGCCAGUUUAAUUUAAAUAGUAGAAAAACUAACAGCUGAUCUUUAUGUAAUUGUGUAAUUUCAACAAAAGUGGUAACGUGCUGUUAAUAUAUAAACUAACUGAGUAAAAUAUUUUUUUUAUAUCAAGAGAUAUUUCGUUGGAAGGACUGUUUUUUAGUAACGUGUGUUUUUCUUUUGGUUAUGGUUACUAAAAUGUGUUUCGUUUAUUUUACUAAUAUGUAGUAACAAGUGCAAGUAGCGCUCGGGUUGCACACUUUGGAUGGAUAAAAGCAAUCCAGCUACUUAACCUCAUGUUAAAUUUAGCCCAAACAGCAUACAAUAUUUCAUUGUCAGAUAAGCCUAGAAAACCAUUCAGGAUUGCAAAAUGUGUAUUGUAGAGAUCCCCAUCUUAUUUCAAACUUACUUUAGAAUUACUUUAAAGCAGGAAGAAACUGGGUCCAAUAAAGCGAUAGAGAUGGCUAGACGUCUGGUCUAAAUGAGUUUAUGGUCUAUGAGAGUAAUUGCACUCUGCUUUGAAAACAUUCUAGUUGGGUAUUUGUGUCUGUUGCUGACAAACAAAAAUGCAGACACGUUUCGACGGGGUGUCUGGUCGAUAAAUUGUCUGUCGGUGAGACUGAAACUAAGCCGACCCCCAACACAUAGAAAGUCACGUUUAUUCACCAAAUACAUUUCCACUCGGAGGCGAAAACACUUAACUUUGACUGUCGCUUAAAAUUUGAGUUUGAGCUAAUUAACGUCACCAUUAUGAAUAGGUCUAGGUUGGUGAAACAGCUCACUGUAACAUAAAAGGCAAUUGUUUACUAGUUAACUAGUAUAAAUGCAAUACAAUGUUAACUGGUGUUUUUGUCUGGAGAAGAAAAACGUUGACGUUACACUCUAAACAAUAAAAUAUGUGGCGCCAGUUUCAAGUUAGCUUAACUGUUUCUCAAGUCUGAAUAUACAAAUGGACUUACAAAAAAACAGGGUUUGUUGUUACACUUAUUAAGGAAAACUAGUAUCAAUAUAUGAAUUGUUUCCGCUAGAGGGCAAUAUAGUUCUUUGGAAACAGAGUCUACUAAACUCAUUGGGGUUUCAGGGCACACAUGCAUGUUAAAAGCUGCUGCAUAUACAACGCUAAUAUUUUGGUUUAAGAAUUGCGCAAAUACAAGUCACCCGUAUACUUAGCUAUUAUACACAAUUUAUGACAGCAAAAUAAUGGGCAAGCUAAACGCAAUUGUUACUGUUUUUGUCUUGGGGAUACUGAGGACGGUAUGUGCUCUGGGUUAAAA